GUAUUAAAAUGAUUUGUUUUGAGUUGGAGGGAUUUUCUUUGCUUCUUGUCUUUAAACAUUCUGAGUGGUUGCUUCGCUUAGUCUGCUCUCUGUUGAUUGAUAUGUCUUUCAAGCACAAUUCAAGCCCCUGCGAACAAGAUGAUGUCAGGAGUCGGCCCCCUGCAAGGUGGUCCCAGGGUAGGAAGCGCGGAGCAGACGGGAAGCUGAGACAACACGGAGAUACCGAGUCCACUGUGUUUGAUGAAGAGAUCGAGAAGCACAGUCGCAGAUACUUGGACAACAGACCAUCUAGCUUUACAACUCCUGAGGGAGAUGGACCCACUAGCAGGUGUAAAGACUGGGGCAGUGCUGUGGAACAAGAAGAAUUACGAACAAACGUCAGGAAAGAUAUGCAGAGGUACAGGAGAAGAAUCUUGGUUAACGACUUUAACGAAAGUGAAUGGACAACCUCCUCGGAAAGCUCCGAUUCUAGAGAUUCACCUGUACCUACUGAACUGGAAACAGAUGAAGGAGUCCUUAUGAGAAGACAGAAGCAGAUAAACUAUGGGAAAAAUACUAUUGCGUAUGAUCGCUACAUCAAGGAAGUUCCAAAACCUCUUCGUCAGGCAGAUGUUCAUCCUAGGACACCCAAUAAGUUUAAAAAAUACAGCCGGAGGUCUUGGGACCAGCAGAUACGAAUCUGGAGGGUUGCUCUACAUGCUUGGGAUCCACCUGCAGAGGAAGGCGGUGACUUGCAAGCAAUUCAAGAGAUUGAUCUGGAGGACAUCAUGGAAGUUGAGUCAGGGGCCAGCAGUUCAACAGAAUCAGGGACAAGUUCCCAGUCUUUGAAUGUGGGCAAAGCUCCUGCAACAACACCAGAGGAUUCUUGUACUGGCACUCCAAACAAAAUGGUGAGGCGAUUGGAUGCUCAAAUGGAAGGAGGGUUUGACUUGGAGUCAUGUUUGGCUGAAGCUCGUGACAACAGCUGGCUGUCUGCUUCAUAAUGUCAUGAUCCGGGAGAGAUUUUAUUAGAAAAGAUCCAUUGUAGCUUAAUUUCUUAAAGACCUUUGGGUAUGGGGGUUGGAUUUGGGAUGGGGUUAAAAUUACAGUACAAAUUUCUAGAAUAAGUGCUAAAGCCAAACACAUCAGGAUUUUAUUUUUUAAAACUUAAGUUAUUAUGCCUGGAAAUUUAAAGUCUGCAAUAUGAGUCUUUGGACUGUAUUUUAAUACCAGCAGCGCUGAUGAAAGCAAGUUAGGCUAACACAAACUUAUGCUUUAUUUAAUAUUGUUGGCCAUUUUAUGUUGAACAUUAUUUUUGUAGUACAUAUGAUUCUUUUGACAUGAUGCUUUUUGCCUGACUUCAACAGCAUUAUUAAAAAAAAAAAAGGCAGCCCUUUGUUUUUAAAAAUUCUACAGAAUCUAAUGUUGUAUAAAGUUAUGAAGUAUGCAUAUUUUGAUUGACAGAACGGCUGGUUUCACUAGUCUUGUCAUGGACUACCUAGCAAGUUAGUACAAAUGCUAAUCUGGGUUGUGACACCAACUGAAAGUGUGAGGGGAACAAGUCAAUCUGUGAUCUUAAUAGAUGACACUUCAAAUGCUUUCCUCUUGCCACUUCAACAAUGCAAAGAUAUAUGUUCUUCAGAUUGUGGAUUCAGUUCUGGAAAUCUGUAAACUUAAUGCAGCAAGUGUUCCAUAAAGCCAUUGGGAGGGAGGAGGGGGCAUUUUUGUAUCAUCUCCCCUGGUUAUUAGGUUUUUUUUUUUUUUAAUUGGUUUGAUGCUGUUAUCUGUGUAUGGUAUGUACUUUUAUACAUGUACGGGUGGGGGGGAGUGGACCUCACUGGGUUUCUGAUGUUCUGCAUGUUUAGAGUUGUAAACAUGUCAAACAUAAUUUGUGGAACUUCUUUGUUUUGUUUGUUUGGACAACCCCCCCCCCCC